GCUACAGAGAACGACUGGGGGAGGGAGGGAAGGAGGGCGAGAGAGAGAGUGAGGCUGUGGAGGGAGAUAGUUGCGUGAUGUGUCGGUGUCGAGAGAGGAGAGGGGAUGCCACACUGGGACGAGGAGGGAGGAACACCGAGAAGAGUGGGAGAGAAAGAGACUGUUAGAGAGAGCGUGAGAGUGGGAGAGAGAGAGAGACAGUGUGUGUGUGAUGUUGAUGUAAAGAGAGAGAGAGGCACAGAGUCUGGUGGAAAGAGGGAGAGAGCAUUUGAGAGAGAGAGAGAGAGCAACACACAGAUUCAGCGAAGACCGCAGGCUCAGAGAGAACAACCUCCUCCUCAUCCUCCUCCUCAUCCUCCUCCCCAUGGCCUCCCAAAGAGCUCUCUUCUGCUCCUCUCUAGGAGUAGCUGCGUGCAUCUUCAUCUUCGUGAGCCUCCAGGUGGCCGACGAGCUGAGCGGGUACGAGCGCGCCUCCCUCCCGGGGGGCCGCCGCGUCCGCCCGAGGGCCGACGGGGAAAGUUUGGGGGGCCCGCGAGCCGACGACGCCGGGCGGCCUCGGCCCCGGCCCCGUCACGGGAGCAGGGUGGUGAGCCGGGAGGCGCAGCUGGAGGCGGGCGACGCGCGCUACCCGGUGCUCGUGUGGUGGACGCCGCUGACGGGCGAGGCGGGCAAGCUGGCGCGCUGUCCCGGCGUGCCCGGCGACUGUUUCUUCACGGUGGACCGCUCGUACCGGCGGCACUCCAUGGCCCGGGCCUUCCUCUUCUACGGCACGGACUUCAGUGCUUGGGACCUCCCCCUGCCGCGCCAGCGCUCCCACGACUGGGCUCUGUUCCACGAGGAGUCGCCCAAGAACAACUAUGUGCUCUUCUGGCCUCAGACGGCCGCCCUCUUCAACCACACGGCGACGUUCAGCCGCCGUUCCGACCUGCCGCUCACGCUGCAGUUCGUGGAGAGCACCAAGGCGCUGAUGUCGCAUCGCCUGCUGGUCGGCGCGGCCAAGAAGAGCCGGCUGCGGCGACCGGCGCCCGCGGGCCGGGGCCUGGCGGCCGUGGCGUACGUGCAGUCGGACUGCGAGCCGCCGUCGGACCGCGACGCGUUUGUGCGCGAGCUCUCGGCGUACAUAGACGUCGACUCGUACGGGCGCUGCCUCCACAACCGAGACCUGCCCGGCCCGCUCACCGACCCGUCGGCGAUGGAGGCGGAGGGGUUCCUGUCGCUGCUGGCGAGCUACAAGUUCGUGCUGGCGCUGGAGAACGCGCUGUGCGACGACUACGUCACGGAGAAGCUGUGGCGGCCGCUGGCGGUGGGCGCCGUCCCCGUGUACCGCGGCUCGCCCAGCGCGCGCGACUGGCUUCCCGACCCCGAGCGCUCCGCCGUCAUCGUCAGCGACUUCCCCUCGCCCAAGGAGCUGGCCUCGUUCUUGCUGUCGCUGGACGCCGACGACACCCUGUACGACGACUACCGGCGGUGGAAGCUGGAGGGCCGCGUGCGGAACGCGCGGCUCCUGACGGCGCUCAGCCGGCGGUCGUGGGGCGUCAACGACCCGGCACAGGACAACUUCAUCGACGCGUUCGAGUGCACCGUGUGCGCCCGUGUCUGGGAGAACGAGGAGCGCCAUCGGCAGGGUCUGCCGAGGCGCGAGUGGAGCGCUGACCCCGCUGCCCUCAGCUGCCCAGCGCCAGCGCCGUUCCGCCCGGCGCUCUCCGAGCCCGGAGGAGCGGCGGCGGGGGCGGAGGCACGGCUCCGGAGGAGCGGCCGCCAACGCUCGGCUGCCCCACCCCAGCCAGGCUCCGUCGUGCGGGAAUUCUGGUUGCCGAUGCACCGGCAGUCGGCGAGGGAGGCGGAGGCCCUGCACGCGCUGGUGCGGCGCAACCGCAACUACACGGAGGCGCAGUUCUACGCUCGGGCGAUGCGCGGCAAGGCCUGACUGCGUCCGUCUCAACGAGGUGUUUCUUUAAAGUUUUUUUGUUGUUGGGGCCUGUGGACCGCUCAGCCGGUGCAAACAUUUCUCACAGGGCUCGAUUCUGACAAACAGACUGAUUGUUGUGUCUAGUUUGUUGUCCUCCUCCCCCCCCGCGCCUCCGAUUAGCGCGGUUGGCUACGUACGCUGCGAAAGAAGUUCAACAUACGUACACAAACGUGGACUACUCAGCCCCUGACCCCUGGUGGCAAAACACAUUCACUAGUCUCUCUCAUUACCACUCAUACUGAAUGAUUCGUUUUACCAGAACAUUUUUUUUUUUAACGCAGCUAUGAGUUUUUUUUGGGGUGGCAAUUUAUAUCUCAGGGUGAAGGUGGUUUAAUCAGCGUAGUUUUACCGAACUUAUUUUUUUUAUUAUUAAAUAUGAUGAGUAAAAUAUUAAUGAAUGUUUAAAACAACAAGUUAUUAUUGCCAACCUGCAUUUGCAUCAUAGUCCUACAGACCACCUGGAAGACCGUCAUGGAGCACUGGUGGUCUGGGGAUCACAUUCUGAGAGACCACACUGAGAACCACUGUGCUAGAGAGACCACACUGAGAACCACUGUGGUAGAGAGACCUCACUCUGACAACCACUGGGCUAGAGAGACCACACUGAGAACCACUGUGGUAGAAAGACCUCACUGAGAACCACUGUGGUAGAGAGACCUCACACUGAGAACCACUGGGCUAGAGAGACCACACUGAGAACCACUGUGGUAGAGAGACCUCACACUGAGAACCACUGUGGUUGAGAGACCUCACACUGAGAACCACUGUGGUAGAGAGACCUCACACUGAGAACCACUUGGCUAGAGAGACCACACUAAGAACCACUGUGCUAGAAAGACCUCACUCUGAGAACCACUGUGCUAGAAAGACCACACUGAGAAGCAGUGGGCUAGAAAGACCACACUAAGAACCACUGUGCUAGAAAGACCACACUAAGAACCGCUGUGCUAGAAAGACCUCACUCUGAGAACCACUGUGUUAGAAAGACCACACUGAGAAGCACUGUGCUAGAAAGACCACACUAUGAACCACUGUGCUAGAAAGACCUCACUCUGAGAACCACUGUGCUAGAAAGACCUCACUCUGAGAACCACUGUUAGAAAGACCACACUGAGAACCACUGUGCUAGAGAGACCUCACACUAAGAACCACUGUGCUAGAAAGACCACACUGAGAACCACUGUGCUAGAAAGACCACACUAAGAACCACUGUGCUAGAGAGACCACACUGAGACCCACUGUGCUAGAGAGACCACACUAAGAACCACUGUGCUAGAAAGACCACACUGAGAAGCACUGUGCUAGAUCUUCCAUGGUUCUCCUUGACGAGUGGAGCGGGCGACGUCCCAUCGCCUCCCGCUGCGGGCACGCCGCAGUUGGUUCCAUCGUGAGGUGGCGUGCGGUGGGGUAAAGUGUGGGUGCUCCCACCGCUUUCAAGAAGUGUGACCAGCGCCGAUGAGUAGAUCUAAACGUGCUCUGCAGGGGUUCUCUAGAGAUCCGUUUAGCAGUGGCAUGAGCAAGCAAUCGCAAGGCUGUACCUGUUUUGUUUGCAGUUAACAAACUGGCACUGGGGCAGAUAUUCGCGUGGUUGGCUCGGGGGUGGUGAUGUACGCAAUGUGUUGAUGUGUCAUGAUCACCGUCAUGAUCACCACCAUCAUCUCGUGGUUUGUGUACAAUCUUUUCUUUAAAGAUCUGUGUGCACUGACUUUAUAUAACCGUGUAGAUAUAUUUUUUACGGCAUAUUUUAUGUUUAACCUGAUCGUAACUACUUAAACGUUUUGUAAGUAAUUCUUUAUUUUACUAUUCACACUCUACAGGCAAUGUUUCAACAUAUUUGUAAUAAUUAAAACAUUCCAGUGUGUAUAUAUUUUUUUACAGAAUUUAUAAAAGUACAAGGUAUUAGGUGAAAAUAGUAACAUUUAUAUGACUUCUGUUGAACAUGGUAUGCAAUCUUAUACACAAAUUUGCAAUAUCUCUAAGAGCUAUAUCUAGAGUAUUGAGAACUUUAUAUUAAACACUAUGCAUUUGCACUUACUUUAAAUUAGGCCUUUCCAUGCUAUAUCGUAAAUGAGGAGGUUGUUUGUCCAUACUUCACCAUAAUGGCCAGUGCGGUUUGGUGAAGAUGGGGUAUGGAGAAAGUAGUUCCAUCAUUCUCACUCGCUGAUAGUUGCGACGGGAAUCGAACUUAGGUCGCCGGGUUCAUAGUGCAGUGAAAUCUAAACUAAACUAUGUAAGGGCCACUGAGCUAUGUAGCUCUUUUUGAGAAGGGAUGUGGCCACAAAUGACAGCUCAAUGAAG